AUGAGUUACAGUUGGAAUGUUGUCAUCAUUACAAUCUUUUUAUUUCAUUUAAAACUCAUGGGAAGUGGUAAUAGGGAUAGAGGCUUUAGCAAGGGUAGUAGCAACUCUGCCGAGCGUGAUGACCCUCAUGCUCACUAUAGGGAUAUCGCUAGGAAUGGCAACGGGCCAGUUUUUGGCCGAUUUUUAGUGUCUACGUCCUCAAAACCGUUAACCAUAACCAUCCCCAUGACCAUCCUGAUCCCCGUCGGGGAUCUUAUCGGGGAUCCCCAUCGAGUCCCUACGGUUUCCACGAUCCCCGUUAGGGAACCCGUUAAGGAUAAAAAUCAAUGUUACCCGUUAAGGAUAAAUUCCGAUGUUACCCUUUGGACUUCACGCAGGGGACCCCUGGACUGGAUCCUAGAGACACAUUGGUUGGAUAUGAUUGAUCAGGUGUGGAAUAUCGACACAUUUAGGCAUCAAUCUAGGGUCGCUAGGGCCAAUCCAGCCACUAGUAUGAGGGAUGUCGUCAAGCUCAUCCUCAAAACAACCAUGGUUUCCAAUUUCACCAUUUUAGCUUCAUUUCUCCUCAUCAUCUCAACCCUAAUCAACUCCAGCUCUGCCACCAUCCCUCGGAGACUUGCCGUCGUUCAGACACCACCCACCCUCCUCACUUACCAUAAGGGGUCUCUUCUCCAUGGCAACAUCACCGUCAACCUCCUGUGGUACGGCAACUUUUCGCCCGCCCAGAAAACCGUCAUCCUCGACUUUCUCAAAUCUCUAAACACCCGCCUUCCGCCACCGCCUUCCGCUGCUUCGUGGUGGCAAACCACCACCAGAUACAAAGGUGGCUUGCGGACCAUACACGUUGGGAAACAAAUCGUCGACAAAAAAUGCUCGCUUGGGAAAUCGCUUAAAGAAUCGCAUCUAAUUUCUUUGGCUUCUAAAUCUAAAGGUUUUAAUGUCAUCAGCGUGGUGCUGACGGCCGCUGACGUCGCUGUGGCCGGGUUUUGCAUGAAUCGCUGUGGGACUCACGGGUCGACUCGGGUGAACAAAGGCCACAAUUUCGCCUACGCGUGGGUGGGUAACUCGGCAACUCAGUGCCCGGGUCAAUGCGCUUGGCCUUUUGCUCAGCCGAUGUAUGGCCCAAAACUACCAUCGUUGGUGGCUCCCAACGGCGACAUUGGCGUCGACGGCAUGGUGAUCAACCUGGCGACGGUUCUGGCGGGGACUGUGACGAACCCAUUUGAUGGCGGGUAUUUUCAGGGUCCAGCUACUGCUCCAUUGGAGGCGGUUACGGCUUGCACGGGUAUUUUCGGGUCGGGUGCUUUUCCCGGGUACCCAGGAACAGUUUUGACGGAUAAAAAGACGAAAGCUAGCUACAAUGCACAAGGUGUGAAGCAGCGCAAGUAUUUAUUGCCGGCUAUGUGGGACCCAAAGACUUCCAAAUGCAAGACACUCGUGUGAUUAAAGAAAUGGAAAUUUACGAGGAUACGUAUUUUCUUUUCUUUUUUCUUUUUUUCAUUAUACAUAAAUACAAUGAUGGUAUAUUGUUGUUUUAACUUGCAAAAUGUAUGAAAUGAAAACUUUAUUAUAUAUGUCAAUACUGGUUUU